AUGAAGCAAUCCAUUAUCACAUCCCUCGUGGCCCUUGCCGCCUCUUGCUCCGGCGUCCAGGCCACCGAGAGCUUGAUCAGCGUGCCCGUCGGCCUCUGUGCGGGCAUCAUUGGAGAUGCCGAGUGCAAGCAGCAGAGCACCAGCAACGGCCUCAUCAAUGUCCCCGUUAAUGCCUGUGUGGCUGCUCUUGGCCAGGCUAAGUGUGACCAGGCCACUUCCUCCAGCAGCGAUAGCGAGUCCUUGAUCAAUGUGCCGAUCAACGUCUGUCUGGCUGUCCUCGGCGAGGCCCACUGCAAGCAGAACUCUGACACCAACGGCGGCCUGAUUAACAUUCCCAUCAACCUGUGCCUGGCUGUUCUGGGUGAGGCCGAUUGCCACGAUGGAUCCAUCUCGUCUUCCACGACUUCCAUCAUCCCUGCUACUACCUCUGCUGUCCCCGUCGCCUCUGUGACUGGAUAUUCCAUUCCUACCUCGGCGGUUGCCACCAAUGCUGCCCCGGUGUCCCCUAUCUCUUCUAGCCCUCGUCCUUCCGGUGUCGCUGCUGGACACUCCUCCGCUGGGGCUUCUUCUGCUACCACCGUGACUAUUACUUACACCAAGACUAUCUGUGCUGCUACCUCGGCCUGCGCCGCUGCUACCUCCAUUGGUGCUAAGUCUUCUUCCCUGCGCCGUGUCACUCCUACCACUGCCGCUGGUCCUUCCUCCACCGGUGUCUGGACCACUGCUACCCCCAGCACUGUUCCCUUCAACGCUGCUGGACGUUCCACCGUUUCCGGCGUCGCAGUUGUUCUCGGCGUCAUCGUUGUUGCUGCUCUGCAGAUCUAA